GAGACCGCGCCGCGCGCUUCGUCCAUUGGCCUCUCGCUCUCUCUACCUCCCACUUUCCGUAGGGUCUCUCUCUCUCUCUAUCUCUCUCACUCUCUCUCCCUCUCUCUCCAUAUAUAUACACACUCCAUAUAUAUAUAUACAUAUAUUUGUAUUUGUAUGUGUACGUAUAUGUGCACACACAUCAUGCAUUGUUUGCGACUCUCUUACAAACGAUUAACCAUUGUAGGGUUUCAAUUUCCGAACAUUACUCUGCAUCGAAUUUGUUCCCUGGAAUGCUUAGUUAGUUGAUUGAUUGAUUUAUUUUGGUGGGUUAAAAUGGAAAGCAAUAUUGGGGAUGAUUUUGACACUGUCACUGACUUGAGGUUGGCGAGGCGGUUGAAGAGAAGGCGGCUCGAUAUUGAACCGCUUGGGAUUAAUACUUUUACUCAAUCAUUGAAGAGAAAUUUGGAAUUUUUGAAGUUGGGUGAUGGAAUGGAGGAUGAGGAUUACAUUAUGUAUUUGAAUAAUUUGAGCGAGCAUGGUGAAUCGGGCUACUCGGUGAGCGAAGAUGGGGAUGACAUUGAUGAGAGUGUUGAGGAAGAUGAUGUGGACCCUCAGUAUAAAAUGUUCUUGGAGAAAUUAAGAGUGAACGGAAACUCGUAUGUACUUGAAGUUCCCAUAAAUAAUGAGAUGUCUUUAUCUGUAAGAUAUGAAGCAGAUGAGGGUUUCGAUGGCGAGUGUGAGCCAGUCGCUCUGAGUAAAUGGAGGGAGGUUUUAAAUACAGAGAAGAUUGGAGCUGCAAAAGAUUUGAGGGAUGUUCCAAGCAAAGACAAGAUGGAAACCCAGAAAAAUCUGAAUGAUGUUAUGAGCAAAGAUAGGAUUGAUGCCACAAAAAGUGUAAGGGAUGAUAUAGGAGGAGAAAGAAUGGAUUUUGUGGUGGAGAAAGAUUUGAAUCCUGAACCCGUAAAUCAUGUUUCAGGCAAGACUGAAGGAUGUUCCACUAAAAUACCUAGUCCAAAUGCUAAUUGUUUAUUCGAGGUUGAACGUGAGCAUGAAAUGGAGGCUGAUAUGGUGGAUGAAUGCUACCAAACAGUCCUGGAUUGUAUAAAAGUGGAAGGUGAUUGUGUGGGUUUCACAAUUAAUGGGAAGUCGGUGAAAUAUGAAGGACGUGAUAUUGAAACUGCUGAUUCAGAAGUAUUGGAAUAUAAUGCCUCAGAUUUUGAUGAAGGAAACUAUAAUCCAAUCAAAACCUCAAAACUGUCUGAUUCAUUUGAAGAUGAGCAGCACUGCCUUGGAAGUCCCAGUACAAGUAAACAUUAUGGGUUUAGGGAGAUGCUCAUGCAAAAACUCAGGGAAUCAUAUGACCACGAGGAAUAUGAAAAACUUUGGCAUGAUAUAAAUGAACACAGGCCGAAGAAAGGGCGCCAUAGAGACUUGCGUGGAGUUGGAGCAUUAAAAACAUUCUUGGCAGAUGGAUGCCCCAGCCCGUCUUAUCUUGAUCAACAUGAUGUUCUUAGAAGGAAGAUUGAUGCAGUCCAAUUUGAUCGACGAAAAGUAUUGAAUCUCUUGCGUGGGUUUUUCUUUUGGUUGCAGAAUUUGGUUCGUGAAGAUGCAUUUCCUCCAUGGUUAGACCCUUCGUGUUUGGCGGUGAUUCCAAGAAAGCGCUAGAAGAUUCUGCCUCAUUGGGUGUUAUUACGAAGUAUGCUUUAGCUGCGAAGAGUUUGGUUCGUGAAGAUGCAUUUCCUCCAUGGUUAGACCCUUCGUGUUUGGCAGUGAUUUCAAGAAAGCUCUAGAAGAUUUUGCCUCAUUGGGUGUUAUUACGAAGUAUGUUUUAGCUGCAAAGAAUUGAUGCCACAGCAACCAUUCCACGUAAACUGACUUGUUUCUCUCUCUCUCUCUCUCUUGGUGUGGGACCCCAAAUGUUCUGUUUUUGUGGUUAGACCUCUAGUGUUUUAUUUGAAGAAAUCUCAGUAAUUGUAAAUUAAGCAUUGCCAAAGACAGGAAAUGGAAUUUUCAGGUUAUAAUAAAAGCACAUAUGAAUGUUUUGCAAUGACAUGAUAGUGCCUUUCUUGAA